AUUGUCUUCUAAUUUUCAUCUUCUUGCCUCUUCCCUUCUCCUUCUCCUCUUCCUUUUUUCCGCAGAUAACAUCUCUCCUUAAGCUUCUUCUCCUUUUAUUUUCUUUUUUCUUUCCUCUUUUACAUUCUCCUCUUUAUAUUUUCAUAAAUUACCUUUAAUCAUCUUCUUUCUUUUCACCCUUCUCUCUUUUUUGUUGAAUUCUUAUUAUUUAAUAUACUAAUAGUUCUUCUUUUUUUUUUUUUUUCAGAUUUUCAUAAAUUGAUUAUGAAGUAAUGUGAGAACGCAUGGCUCGAGUUGCAGAACUAUCAAGAAAGCCGGCUCUUCAAAGCCGGCUUACACUUCCAGAACUGGCUAUCUGGAUUUGGGGCUUAGAAUUCUCUCCCUCAACCCAAAAAUCCCGGAUCUGCUCUGCUUCUUCCUCCUUUGUCCGUCGGGUUCUGUUGGGUUUGAAUCCUUCGGCUAUUUUCUGCCGUGAGUUUCCCCUGAAUUUUCUGCAAAUGCCAUCGGCCUCGACCCCAAACCCGCCAGCUCCGGCCUUGCUCAUUGAAUUCCGGUAUGGACAGCUUCUCUAAGUCCAUAUUUUACCCCUUUAAUUACUUAAUUUUGUCCGUCAAAUUGCUGCCUUGUGUGUGUCCGAAUUGUGCUAGAAAUGGGGGGAAUUCCGUAGCUUUUAGCAGCAAUUAAAUGUGUUUAAGCUUGAUUAAGUAGGAUUUAACUUGAAUUGGCUGCUGUGAUGUUUUGUGUGAGAAUCCUGUGUGUGGGUGUGGUUUUGCCGAGCCAUUUUCUCCAUUUUUCUAUCCCGGGAGUUGGUAGCUUUAAGUGGGUUUUUGUGUAAUUUAAGUGGAGGUUAGCUUGAUUUGGGUUGUGUGAUUUUGGAGAAAAAAAAAUCCCGUGAGAUUAGCUAUGGUUUUGCUAAUUUUUGGAAGAGGCAGUACUGUUCACGGUGUGAGCACUGUUCACGGGAAGUGAAACCGAGGGCGGGGAAACCACGAGAAGUGACGAGUUAGAAGGUUAGCCAUUUCGAGAUUGACAUAGAUUUUAGAAAUAAAUCAUGAUCUUGUAAACCAAAGUGUAUUUGGAGAUUCUAUGAUAUUAGAGUAAAUUUUAAGGAUUUUUAUCGACAGAUUUAGUGGUAUCAGAUGUGAAUUGGUUAAGUUCCGAGCCUUGUGCAUUUGUGGGACCUGUCUCAGAGUGCACGGCGUCUGCCAUGUCCCCGGAUUUGGGUUCUGGGGCGUGACAUUGUCAUUC